AAAUUUAAGUGUAACACACAAAUUUAUCAACAUGGCUGCCCCCGCGAGGAGUGUUUUAAGAGUAUUACCCAGAUGUCAGAGUCUGUUGUUCACAAAUAGAGCUCCUUCUGUCUCCUGCAACUCACUGACUGCACACCGGCAACAGUCUGCCAGGUCCUACGCUGCUACAAAGAAAAAGGAGAAGAAAGAGGAGGCUGUUAAGGAAAAAGUGGUGAAAGAGAGAAAAAUUAUUGAUGACAAAGACAGACAUAAACCAUUUGGACUCACAGCCUGGGCUCCAGUAGAUGAUGUGUACAUGGUGAGGUAUUAUCCCAGACCUCUCUAUGAGUUAACUGUGGCUAUUGACAUGCUGAAGAGCUUUCAGAAGCUGGACUUCAGUGCUGAAAACCAGCCUAUCUACAUUAACCUACGCCUGAACAUGAAGCUGGAGAAAAAGAGAAAAUUGGAUCCGUUUGUUCGCACAAUUCAUUUACCACAUCCUUUCAAGAGUGACAUCAACAAAGUAGUGGUCUUCACUGAGAAACCAGAUCAAGCCAGAAUAGCGUUAGAGAAUGGAGCAGCAGUUGCAGGAGGAGUCGAGCUGUUUGAGAAGAUUUUAGCUGAUGAGAUCACAGCAGAUUUCUACUUGGCUGAGCCAGACAUCCUACCAAAGCUGGUCCCUUUGAAGAACAAGCUGAGGAAGAAGUUUCCAAAAAGCAAGAGAGGAACAGUUGGAAUAAAUAUUCCCAGAAUGCUUGAGCUGUUCAAGACUGGGCAUGAAUAUAUAGUUGAGGACAUCUAUGUUAACACAGAAGUUGCAACGUUGGACAUGCCCAAGGAGCAUAUUCUGGAAAACAUUCACACUAUUUUAAAGGACGUGGCAAGCCAUAAACCAGCUGAAUUUGGACCAAUUAUUGAUCGUGCAAUUGUCUGCAGUAGGUCAAGUGAAGGUUUGCACCUUAAGUUGGAGGAAUUACUUCCACAAGAAGAAAAAAUGGCAUGAGAUAUUUUGCUUUGUAUAUAUAUGUGUUGUACAAAACAGUUGGACUGUAAUAAAAUGGUAAAAAUGUU